UCACUUUGAAACGGUGCAUGUUCUGAAAUGCUGUUGGACGGAAUAGACGAGAGACGAAUCUUUGAUAUAAUAUAGCCGAGCUAUAGUUGAUAGUAUUUGCUGUCUUUGUUUCUCAUUUUAAGAAAUGCCUACUAGUUGGUCCUGUGGUGAGUGAAGACUGGUGGCUUCAGAUUUUAAGUGCUGAUUGUACUUAGCUGUACUUGGAUUCCCCACUCCAAGUCCUUAGCAUGAAAGGAGCUUAUUCUUGUGCAUGCAGGUAACACCAUUGUGUGUAACUGUUGGAUAGUGUGCGAUAAGAGUCAGGGUUGGAUCCUACACAAUGACAGUAAACCUGUAAAGAUAUUGUUAGUUCAUAGAUCAACUAACAGCAAUAUAAGGAGCUAUGUUGCUUUUCCUUAGUCUCUCUUUCCUUGCUCUGUUUGCUUUACCAUACUGGUCCCUUUUACCUUAAAAACACACAAGGCAGAAUUGUUAUUCCUUUUAACAUCCAAAUAAGCCAAUAUUUGAACAUGACAUAUAAUUGUGAAUAUAGCCAUGUGAUGGGUAAAUCUGUGUUGCCGAAGGAUUGGGUAAAUUGACUUUUACGUUUGCAUUGUCUCGUGGUGGCUGCUUUCCUUGCUGUAAUCAUAUCUCAUAAUGUUUCAUAGUAGCCAUGUGUGUUGCUAUAAACUCCUAACAGGGAAGAGUGGGAUAGAAAGUUGCUUGCUGUUGAUCCACUGUGAAAAUCUGAACCUUUCAGAUAUAGGUAGUGUUAUCUUGAAUAGUUGCUUGAUAAUUAAUCAGUGCAAACUUACCUUCUGUAACUUGUCGCUUCUUGGAUUUUAUAAUUUUUUUGGUCUUUCGUCUUGAUCUUUCUAAUUCAUCUUUUAUUUGUCCUGAAAUCCUAGGUGCUUUGGUUCCUUAAAUCAGAAGUACAUUUUAAUUUCCAUUUUGCUUCCCUGACCCCAAAGUCUGAUCCUUCUUGAACCUUUUGGUAUCACAUUACAUCAGUUAAUCAAUCAUAUACAUUUGCACCAACAGAAACAACAUCUAACAAGCAUCUAUACAUAACACUCUGAAAUCCAACAGUUAAAAGCAGGAUAAAACCGAGCAUGCAAAAUAUACAUUGUGAAGUGCAGUGACGCAAGUGUGACGUGCGCUAGGAACUGUACAUUCACCAGUAAGAAGCCAGUAUAAAAGUUCAGUCAUGUUAAAAACUUAAGUGAGAACCCUUAGGGGUAAUCAACCCCACUCAGGCUAUUCUGCACAGUCAACUGCGAUGUCCUCAAUCAGUCUUGUUCUGAUUUUAUUUGCUGCUAGGAUAGAAAGAGAAACCUUGUAAGCGAUUGAGGAGUUGGAAUCGGAUAAAAGUUAGAAGAUGUUUUAUGCAACUGGAUUUGAUUGUAGGUACCAUAGAAUAGGCCCUCACAUUACAUUAAGCCUCUGUCUUUGAGGUGGGAACUGAAGGAGGAAAGUAUCUGAAUUCUUAACAGUGUUUGAGUACGUAAGGAGAUGCUUGACAGCAGAUUAGAAAGCUAUACAUUUAUGAUAUUGACCUGCAUGCAAAGGAAAAAGUUUCUGUCCUCACAUCAUUUGAAUUUCACAUCCUUCUAAGGGGUGCUUUUUGCAGUCUGUAAACAUCAUGGAAUUGUACCAAGUGUAUUGGUCUGACUUAAAGCAGCCUGGAUUGCCUGAGCCAUCUCUAAUUUAAAACCGUUCUUGACAACAUAGUCACCUGUAUAACUCAAUCACCCAUAUCUUCCAGAUUAUCGUUAUGUACCUUCAGGUAUUAGAAUGUGAACGUAACCAACACCUGGUCCAGACCUCAUGGUAAGUUGAUGUUUCUUGUUUCUAUUGGGGCCAGCAGGGCAGUGGCAAAAAUAAAUGUCAUUGUUUGGGGGCAGUCUGCAUUUGCUUUGCUGCCCAGUUUGUGGUGUUCCAGUGUUAACCUGGAAUGCUACUUCUACCCCUUGAAGUUGGCGGGGCCUCUUUGUUUGAGGUUCAGAAACUGCCCUAAUGGUAAGAGAGCUUGAAACCCUCAUGAAUGUUCCCCAGUGCUUUUUCUUUCUCUGUUCUCACCCUUCCAAUUGUGCUGAAAUGAAAGUCCCCUUGUGAGUGAAAAUCUGGUGGCCUUGCUGAAUCAACCAAAGGCCUGUUUAGGCUAAUGCUGUAUUUCCUGCAGUGAUAGCUGAUGGCCCUUUAGCUGCUCAGAAGCAGCUGUGAUAGUGGCAGCCCUCUCCUCCCUUUGGAUAUGAUUGUUCUACUUUGUUACCCCUUAAUAUUUUAUUAUGAUUGGAAAAGUGUUUUCUUUGGUUAGGCCAUCAUUGUAUUUGCAAACUGGUAGAGAAUAAUCAAACAUUCAAACAAGUUUUCUGCUACUCAGCCUCAAUAUUAUAAUGUUGUGCCUUCUUUUGUUAACUGUCUGUCCUGGUUUUUUUAUUCUUUUGGUUUGGAAAAUCUGUUUGUGGGGGAUAUUAAAUGUUCUUGUGGUUUUCCCUGAGAAAUGUUGGGGCAUCUGUGAAACUGACAUGAUUUAAAAUUGAUCUAGAAGCAAUUUGUGAACUAUCUGGUGCUCUUUUGGAGGAGAACCUCUUUUGACUCUUCUUUUCUGUACUCUUUUGAUCAAAGGGUAGCCUCUGAGGGUAAGUGACUAAGACUUCUCCUCUGCUGCCCAAGCGCUAUGGUGCAGGGAUAACUGCCGUCUUCAGUCAAACCCAAGCAGGCUCCACAAAGAGAAGGCUGACUCUAGACAGGAAUUAUAUGAACGACAGCCUGCGGACAGAUGUCUUUGUACGAUUCCACCCUGAGAGUAUCGCUUGCGCCUGCAUUUAUCUUGCUGCUAGGACUCUCGAGAUUCCACUUCCAAAUCGUCCCCACUGGUUUUUACUUUUUGGAGCUAUGGAGGAAGAAAUUCAGGAGAUCUGCGUUAAAAUUCUACAGCUGUACACACGCAAAAAGGUUGAUUUGGCUGUUCUGGAAAGCCGAGUAGAGAAGAAGAAGUUAGCCAUAGAAGAGGCAAAAGCACACGCAAAAGGACUCUUACCUGAUGGGACACCAGGGUUAGAUAGUGUGUCAGGAUUUUCUCCUGUCCCCAAAACUGAAUCUCCAAAAGAAAUGAAAGGUACCAAGCCUUCCCCACUUGCUGUGCAGGCGGUUAAAAAUGCCAAGAGGAAAAUGGAGGGAACAAAGAGGGUGAAAUCGAAUAGUCCCAUCAAUGGCAUUCAGAAAGGUAGAGAGAGCAGGAGUCGGAGUGGAAGCAGAGACCAGAGUUAUUCCAGGUCGGCCUCAAGAUCACCUUCUCCAAAACAGAGGAAAAGUGAAAGCUACUCUCCGUCGAGUGGCUCCAAAUCCCAUAGCCGCUCGAGAAGCCGCAGUGAUUCCCCGCCGCGGCAGUUCAACCACGGCGGUUCCAGUUACAAAGGCUCCAAGAUUAGGAGCUACAAGAAGGCCAAGGGGUACAAGUACGCCUCCCCAAAGCAGCGGAAGUCCCGCAGCCGGAGUUCAUCGCGGUCCAGGAGCCGCUCGCGGGAACGCUCAGACCACUCUGGGAAGUACAAGAAGAAGAGCCACUACUACCGGGAUCAGAGGCCCGAGCGGCCACACUCCUACGAACGGCCCAGCCAUCGCUAUGAGAGAGACCAUCCUGGCCACAGUCGGCACAGGAGGUGAAGCGGAUCAGGAAAAUGCCAAAGUGAAGGAUUCUGGGUUCAGCAUGGCGCCUGUUUCGAUCUAGGCUCUUGUGUGGAAGCUCAGAAAUGUACCGUUGAUUCCUCCGUGGAUGUGUGCUCACCAGCGCGGACUUUAAGGGAGAACAUGGGGUGGGUUGGAUUUCUGUCCUUGCAAUGCGGGAGAGCCACUCUCCUUGGAUCGUCUGUCAGUAAUGUUAGGCAGUUGAUGCUCCUUUGUGCUGUGGGAGCAGGAUUGUAUCCAGAUUUGAACUCUGUAGGGAGAAUGGCCUUGUGAGACUAUUCCAAGUGUUAAAAGAUUACUUCCCCAUUCUUUUUGUCCCAAAGAGUCUCGGAAACUCAUUGCUUGGUGCUAACAGCGGUCCUUGUAUUUUCUCUCUCUUUGCAAUGGACGUGAUUGCAUUGUAUAACAUAUGGUGAUUUUUUUUUUAGGAUCAAUGCCUAUAUUAGGCAGCCUUUUGUGUAUAUAUUUCUCUCUGUUAUUGGAAGAGUUUUAAGGACAAGGGAAGGCCUUAACACUUCAAAAAGCGCAAACAUGUUUUCUUUCAUUUGGAGGGAGGUGUAUACCUGGCUAUUGAAAACUUUAAAUCCUGCAAAGACUGCCUUCUAUUCUGCCCCCAUUUUUUGGCUAAAGAACUCUGGAAAUGUGAAAAGUAUUUAGAUUCCUUGUGUUGGAAGUGGUCUAUUUUUAAAAAAGGGUGGGAUGCCUGGUGCUGGCCACCAGCUCAGGAUUUGCAAUGCUUUUCGUAUAAUAUAAUGUUUUAAGUGGUUUAGAUAAAUUCUUUACUCAGGAUAUUUACAGAAAUGCUCAAGAACCGAUAGUUUGUCCAUCCCUUGCUUGCUUAAGAGAUUUUUUUUUCUAUUAAGAGAGAAAUGUAUGCAGCGCAGGAAUAUCAGUUUUAGUGGUAUAUCUGAGCUUUUUUCCUGUUCCCUGGUUUCAUUAAAGUAUUUGAUUUUGUAUUUAA